AUGUCUGAUACCCCCAUUCUGUCAAUCGAAGUAGUUAAGAAAUGGAAACGAGCUAAUGUUGUUGAUUUUUUGAAAGAGAAAAAAGAAGAGUUAGAACUUGAAAAUGAGGAUAUCCAGAUAAUUGAUAACAAUAUGGUUAGUGAUUGUGCCUUCCUAGAGUUAAGUCAAGAAGAUCUUGAGAGAUGGAAAAUGCCAGGUGGACCAGCAAAAACCAUAACAAUAUUGAUUGAGAAUAUUAAAGGUGAAACGAGAGGUCAUGAACAAGAAUGCAAAAUUGAGGAUUCCUUGUAUUUUUCGAUUCUCAACAUGCUCAAGACUAAACCUGAAUUCAUUCCAUCCUGCUUGGAUUUAUUGAAUUACCUUCAACAACCAUUUGCCAAGCCGAUCGAGGUUAACCCAACUUUGUAUGAUUUUUAUUUGAGGUCGAAACUUCCUCUAGAGACUUUGAAUCAAUUUUUUGUGAGUUCAGAUAAAGCAUCCAGUAGAUUGUGGACCGAAUAUAUUGUACACAUUGCCUGCCCUCCUGAGACCAGUGCCACCGAAGAUUCAUUCCAUGGGUUUUGGGACGCACUUAUUGUCAAACCUUUUAAAAUUGGAUGGGAGGAAAAGGGACCUGAAACUAAUGAUGAUCCAGCAAUGGAACUAAUCUUGAAAUUAACAUGGACGUAUGGAAAUUGUCCCUACAUCUUUGGGUACUAUGCAAUUGCCACUAGGGUGACGUACUGCUAUUUGUAUCUCGAGGGAAACAGCAUUGAACGGAAGGACUUGUUGACUUGUUUACUGGAUAAAGUGGAGGGACGCAUACAAGCCUUCAAUAUCGGAAGAAACAUUGGUCGAUUAUUACACUUACUUCGCCAAACUGUGCCAGAGUAUUUUCAGCGGGAAUUUGUUGUUCUUCAUCGAACGAGCGGUAAAGUGAUUGAAUUUAUGCAAAAUACAGUUGUGAAACGUUAUCCUUCAGUGGAUUCUGUCAUGAACCUUAAGACCCUUUAUGAUGAAAUGGCCAAGCAUCAAGUUCCUUUCAUUGAUUCCCUCAAUCACGUCAAUAUGGAGGAAGGAUCAACUCCAUUCAUGAUUUUUUUACCAAAGGGCAUGAUGUGUAAACCACGAUCAAAGGAACAACUAAUCAAAGCAUUGUGUUGUGUUUUGACUGCCCUUAAGGCUCUCCACAAAAUGAAAAUCAUGCAUCGCGAUCUCCGUUGGGAUAACAUGUUAAAGUCCAUAGAUCGAGACAGUUGGUUCAUUAUUGAUUUCGAUGACGCGUGCCAUGUUCCUUCAAAUAUUCCUAACACACAAUUAGCUAAAGAAAGUCAUGCACCUGAGAUUUUUGAAUUCCAUCACAAUGAGAGUGUUGAUAUUUGGUCUGUCGGAUAUUUGAUUCGGACGGCCUCUGUUGAGCUUCAAGAAUUGGAUGAAUUGAAAGUUUAUGCAAGAAUGAACUUGAUGGCAAAGGAUAAAAUUAAUAGACCAACAGCCAAAGAUGCUUUGCGGUGGCUUUGGAGCAAAUAUAGAGAUGUUCUCAAAGAUUUUUUGGAAGAGGAGGAAAUGGAAGAAUCAUAA